CUCGAUCGAUCUCGGUGCUGGAAACUGAGAUCGAUCGUCGGCGGAAAGGAGGGAGCGAAAAGUCAAAUGUCAAGACGACAGCUCUAAGAGACAGAAAUCAACGGAAAUCCAAGAGUUCGAAUUUCGAGUGUUCAACGCACGACAUGUGUCAGACAGAGCCCGAGGUUCGGAAUGGCGUGAAAGAGCUGAGAAGAUGAGGAGGAGGAGGAGUCCGACAAGCAUGGGGAGGGGACGAGAUGAGAAAGUGGCGACACCUCUGACAGAGCCUGCAAUUUAAUGCUGGGGCUCGCCUUCGGGAAGGCUGGGAGGAUCUUGAGCACGCAGAGGAUCUUGCCUCGUUUUGCUCUGCCAAAGCAGCAGCAGAAGAAGCAGAAGGAGCACCCACAGCGUCGUCGUCUUCAGAGGUGACAGACUCUGCACAGAGCAGAGAUUCUUGGGACCCACCUCGUCCUCCUCUCCGUCGCCUUCGCCGUCAUGGUGUCGAGAAACGCAGCAGAUCAGUGGCGGUGUAGCACACUCCGUUCUGCGAACACAUCUUGCUGUUUGCAAGUCCUCUCGACAGUCUAGGCACUACGUGUUGUUGCAUUGCUGCUGUUGCUGCUGAGCUUGGAAGACAGUGGAUUGCGGGCAGGAAAUGCUUGCGAAGGAUGUCGGGAAAUCCGCGGGUUCGGUUGGACCGUGGAUCGAUCGAUUGAACCCGAAGGUGUGACUGAGCUGAGGAAGGAGUGAAGAUCCCGCAGAGCGAAGUUAAUAAAUGGUGGUGAAGAUCGUAACUCGCUGGUGGAUUUACUGUUGAUGAUCGACCUCAGUCUUUAAGGUGCGGGUGCGAACUACGAGCUCCAACUCUGCUUUCGAGUACAGAGAUUCUUCACCCACAAUGAUAGCAUAGCUGGUCGGCUGUCAGACAACUGCAAUUGGUGGCAGUUGCCAGGUGCCAUGUUGGCUUUGGAGACAAUGGCGGAAGAAGAAAUCACAGGCAGCACCAAGUCACAGGCAAGGCAAACCCAGGAUGAUGGAUCUUCAGAAGCUGACCUCCGGCCAACUCAGAACGAUGGGUUGGGUAGGGAUAGCCGUGGGAAAGCGGAAAUUAAUAAUGCAGUAGGGUCAUCGCCUCAUUUAAGUGACAGUAAGAGUGUUGAUAGCGAGGCUGUAAAGUUGGCGUACGAAAAACGGCUUGAUGCACUCCAACAACAACUACGGGUGCGAGACUCGACUAUGGUGGAGUUGGCAGAUGAGAAUGAAAGCCUCAGCAGAGCUUUAUCAGAGCUGAAAGUCGUUGUGAAGGAAACAAUGACAGAGCGAGAGCGCCUUGCAGAUAAAAUAAAGCAACAACAGAAAACUCUUCAGAGUAUGCAGGCUUCUUUUCGACAAGCCGAGGAAGAGGUUGCCGGUGCUAGACGAGAACUCAGCGAAGCUAAAAGGGAUGCAAGCGAUGCAAGGAGAGAAGCUAAUGAAGCCAAGAGGGAUGCAAAUGACGCCAGAAGAGAAGCUACCGAGGCUGGCGUGGCUUUAGCUGAUGCAAAGGCAGAGGUGUGGGCUAUAAGAGAAGCUGCCAAAGGAAAAGCUCUGGGAGAAGAUGAAAGAAGAGAGUUGGAAGGUGCUUUGAGGGCUCUUUCUUCCUCUUCGCAAAGGGCGGCCCAAGAGGCCGGACUGUGGAAGGAAAAGGCUUCUUCGUGGAAGGGAAGGGCAGAGUCUCUGAAUGAGGAACUAGAGAACAAAGCCAAAGCUCUUGCCUCUGCAGAAAAUGAAUUGGCGCUGGCUCAACAGUAUGUAAAAGAUGCAGGAUCCCAAAUUCAAGAAGCCAAGCAUAACCAGGAAGUGGCAGAAACUGCUCUUGAGCAACUGCGACAGGAAUCUGAUUUACGGGCACAGAGAUUCAAUGUAGCAGUAAAAGCAGCCGUGGGGAAGAUUCAGAGUGAGCUGGAAAGAGAGCGAGAUAUGGCAUUGCAGCGCAUUGAGGCACUUCAAGUUGAGGCUGAUGGUCAAGCGAGUAACUUGAAGGAAGCCAACGAAGCUGUUAGUGCAGCUAUGAAAAAUCUUGAAGAUUCAAGGACAAGGAUAAGUGAGUUGGAGGAGGUGAAACAGGAGGCAGAUGAGAAGAUAACGAAACUCCAGGAGCAGGUGGAUUAUUGGCAGACGACAGCAGAAACUGCAGGAAAAAGGAUGGAUGUCUCCCGUGAAGUCGCUGAGAGUCUUACUAACAAGGUGGUCAAGUUAGAGACUCGGUGCGAUGAGCUGACUGCCGCGUCGGACUCGGCAAUACGGAAUGCCGCUAUCAUGGAAGCUUCUUUAAAAGCUGAUAUAUCAAGGCUCAAGUCUGCUGUAGCGGCUGUACAAAAUGAAAAGCAAUUGUUGCAGAUUGAAUCUUCAGAAAAGAUCUUGAAGGCCACCGCUGAACAGAUUGCCUUGAGGGCAAAACUUUCAGACCUUGAAGGGCAGUCCAGGAUGUUGCGGGCUCAGACUUCUGACGAAGGUCCUGGACCAGUAUCAAAGUUUCGCCAAGGACUUGAUAACCUCGGUUUGGAGGGAAUCAGGGAGGAGCGUUUGCAACGGAAAGAUAAACACCGCUACGGGGACGUCGAAAAGAAUGGUGAUAAAAGAAGCAAUAAGGGUUACAGUCAAUCAUCAUCUGUUGGGUCUCACAAUUAUUUUCCCAAUUCUUGGACAUGGCUGCAAGAUCACCAAGAUUCUUUACCCCGUGGUCGGGUGUCACGACGGUCCCUUAUUGUGCUCAUUUACAUUGUGGCUCUCCAUAUCAUGGUCAUGGUUUCGUUUACGCAACGAUCUCAAAACUGUGUGGACAUGAUAGGUGAAGCGAUAGGUGGCAAACUUCCUGGGAGGUGAAAAUGACAGUAAAUUGAUUAUUGGAGGAAGGUGCUCGACCCAUUUCCAGACAGUAAUUUGUGAAAUCGCCUUAGUUGCCACAUGUAUAGAUGAAAGAAAAAAGGAGACAUUUAGAUUCUUAACAGCUUGUCUCCAUAUCAGUUGGAGACUAGAAUGCCAACAUCUUGCUGAGGUUUCUUAAAGAUUACAAUUCAGGUCUUUUCUGGUACCAAGGCAAUCCAAGUUACUUGGUUAUAGGUACCGCUUCUUUGUAAUCAAUACUUCGUAGCACAACCCGUAGGAGAUGGGUUGGACGUGCAAGCCUGUCAGUAGAAUCUUCAUUGUCUUGUGUCUAACCUUGGAAGCUAGUGCCUUUUUGGCAAAGAUAUUGGUGAAGUUUUCCCUUUUGAGAACGAUUUCUCAGGUAAAAUGAAAUCAGGAGCAAGUUAUAGACUCAGAGGAUAUAGUGAAGAGAGAACGUGUAUGCACACGGCCGGUACAUUCUGGAACGAUGUGAGAGGAUCAACAACUCUUGUGCUUGCCUCUCAGAACACUUAUGAAGCACGAUCACGGCAGUUAUCAGAAAUUUACCAAAUGUUUAAUUCUAUUAGAGUUGCAACUUGUGUCAUACAACAUCUAGUAGUUUAAGAGAGGACGAGGUCCAGGAUUCAUCAACACGCUCUGUUUGGAUUCAUAUAAAAUAUAUGCCACCCUCUUUAUAUGAGAAGCCUCCGGAGUGUUUUUACUUGUCAAUAUUCUAUUUCAGAAAUCAAUUCUCUAGGCUUAGCACCUGAGCUUUACUGCAGA